AUAAUAAAAAAUCAAAAGAUUUAUAUUAAGGAAAAACAGCUAAUUCUCAUAUUUGAUUAAUUGAAGAAAGAAAAAUUCUGAAAGCGCUUCAUAAAAUAUUUACAAGAUAAGCAAAAAAGAAGGUUUUGAUAUUAAGAUUAAUAUUAUCACUCAUGCUUUCAUAAUUUUUUAUUGUCUUAGGGGUUUUUUCAUGUAUAAUUAUGAAAUAAAUCCGUUGUGAUUACCCAUGUAAUAAUUUUGGAUUAAUGAAUGGAUAAUACCAAUCACCCUGCACAAAUUCAUAAACUUUUAGUUAUAACUUAAAGAAAAUCUAGGAUAUGGGAGCAGAUGUACUUUCAACUUCUUAAAAAUUAACAAUAUCAGGAUGGUGGAAACCAACAGGGAAUCCAGAUUUAACUAAUUAGUGGCAAACUUUGAUAUAUCUUUCUACGAAUACAAAUGGAGUAACAUUGCCAAUGAACGGUGAAUCUGAAUUAAAUGGAGAUAAUACAAGAAGAUUGUUGGCUUUUUUCUUUAAUAAUAAUGGUUAAAAUCAACUGCAAGCUAAUUAUAACUAAGCAACUCCUGUUGUGGUUCCAAAUUUUUCAUCAUUAAUGGGUUAGUGGAGUUUUUAUGCGUUUUCUAUAAAUUUCAAUACUUAAAUAUUUAAAAUUGCUAUUAAUCCUAUCGACUCUACUUCUUAAUUAGCUUAUUAAGGAUCAUUUACAGCAAAUAUUCCAACAAACUUUGGAGUCUUUCCUAAUUUAGGUUUAUAUUUCGAUGCUACUCCAGCUUAUUUCCCUUCUUGUUCGCCUAUGUAUUCAAUUUAAGUAUCUGCAAAUUAUGAUUUAGAUACAACAAAUCCUUAAUUCUUACUUGAACUUCGUCAUUCUGAUUUAAAUCUAAUUGCUCAAUAUACUUUAAUGGCUCCAAAUACUAUAUCACCUUAAUAUGUUUCUGAUACAUAAUUUAAUUUACCAGAUAUGAUGUUAGGAACAACUAGAGAUCCAGAACCUAUUUUGGAUCCAGCUUGGGUUUCUAUUGGAACAUAUGAAGCCCUUACAUUUAAUUAAGGCAGUACAGCUUUAAUUGCUACUAAUAUACAAUAUAAUGAAGAAACAUUUUCUUAUUGGAUGACAAUCAAUGGAAAUCCAGCUAGCUUCAAUAAUAUUUUAAUAUCAGAUAACUAAGCUAAUCUAAUUUUAACUAUAGCUUAUUAAGCUGCUGGUGGCGGUUACUCAAUUAUAAUAUGUAUUAGCGUUUCUUCAUGUUAUACUUCUCCACCCAUAACAACUAUUAAUGGAGGUGGGGCUGGUCAUGAAGCUGUUAUUAAUAUUUGCUAAUUCCCAGGAGCUUCAAAAAUAUUUGUAAGAAUAUACAUAAACGGUAUGCAAUAAGCUGUUGGUUAUAUAAGUGCUACUUGGCCUUCAAAAGUACCUGCAAUUUAUGCAUUAAAUAAUCCCGGUAUAAACUACUCAGGUUCUUAUUCAAUGAGAAAUUUUCGUGUAUACUAAGGUUCAUACUUUAGGUAAUACUUAAAUGACCCUGGAUAAUUCACCUUUUGUAUGUCAAACUGCAUUCUCCAAUCUUCUAAAUAUUUAAGUGAUCAAAAAUGUAUUUAUUGUAAAAGUGGAUAUGUUUUGGCUAAUGGAAUUUGCUGGCCGAGCACAGAUUACUGCCCAAAAGCUGAUGCUAAUACUGUUCAUACUUAACCUUAUCAAGAAUGCACACCUUGUUUAAAUACUUUUGCUUAAAUACAAUAAUAAUGUGACUAUAGUAUUGACUUAAAUCCUCUAGUUAUUAGUGGAACUACUAGAGUUUUAACUGUCCCUAUACCUAAUCCAGAUACUUAGAAUAUAGAUUCCGUUUCUAUUACGUUUAAUCCGCCUUUACCAAUAGUACCCUAAAUAUUUUUAUCUAUGAGUACACUUGAUUAUGAUUUAGGUUCAACACUAUAAAGCUUUUAAUUAAGCUACAACUCUGUGUCUACUACUGGAUUUACAAUAUAAAUGUAGCGCGGUUUAGGGAGUGGAAAAAUUUAUAACUCUUAACCUUUUUACAUUGCAUCAAUUGAUCCUGAAAUUGAAAUAGGAUAAUUCAGUUUUACUAGUGCAGCUUUUCCAAAUUUAGCAAAUGUUGCUGCUUCUGAUUAAUGGGUUUCCACAAUAAUCUCAUUUAAUACCCGUUAGAAGUUUGUUCCUUAAGUUACUGCUGGGUAUACUGGUAUCCUAAUACCUCCUGGUACAGGACAUUCUUUUGAAAUAAAAACAUUAUCUAUUGAUGUAGAUAAAUUUCAGUUGAGUGUUAAAGCCUAUAAAGGAAUACCUAUUCAAAGAAUUGAUAUUUUCUACAUUGCCAUGAAUCCAAGCAUCCCAGUUUAUAAUAUCUUGAAAAAUUUUAUGCUUACUGACGAAAGUCAAAUUUAUUCAAAUAGAGCUUGCCCUUCCUCAAGAAGUUGUGUGUAUACUGGACCAGCAGGAAAAGUUCCUCCAUAAACAAUUUACAUGCCUGUAAUUAAUAUUUUUAAUUAGACAGCAUCUUAAAAUAAUAUUAGAAGAGUACUAACUUACCAAGGUAUAGAUACAACAAAAUCCACCUUUUCGUUUUUAUAUUCUUCAUGGUGUAAUACACAAACUAGUUAGUUUGGCAUUCAAUCUUUUGCAUUAGUCAAACCUUGUGUUAAGUUUUAUUGUUUAUGUGAUCCUGUUCCUCCUGGGUAUUAUAGCAUUCCUACUUCUUAUGCUUGCUGGUAAUGCGAUUUUAAAUGCCAAUAUUGUACAGGAACUGCAACAAGCUGUACUAAAUGCAAAGGAAAUAGAGUUUUAUCAGCAGGUUGUACUUGCCCUCCAGGUACCUAUGAAGAUUAUCAAAGCACCAUAUGCCCUAGCUGUAAAAUUGGUUGUGCCUCUUGUGUUACUUCUGCCAAUAAUUGCCAAGGAAAUUGUUUAGGUAGAAGAUAAGGUCCAGAUUGCUAAUGUCCACCUGGAACUGUUGAUGAUGGAACAAAUAACUGUCCUUCUGAUACAGACAAAGGAUGUUCUCCUAAAUGUGCUAGAUGUUCAAUACUUGACCCGACUAUUUGCAGUGCAUGUUAAGCAGGUAGAGUUUAAGAUCCAGCAAAUCCAUCAAAUUGUAUAUGUCCUCCUGGUUAAGUAGAUGUUAAUAACACUUGUCAAAACUGUAAUCCUAGAUGUAAUGGAUGUACAGGCGUUUAGCCAUAUUAGUGUAUUGCUUGUAAUGGUUCAAAUAGAAUAAAUCCUCCUGCAUGCAUCUGCAAAGAUGGUUAUUAUGAUGAUGGUGUGAGUCUUGAUUGUAUUGCUUGCAGUAGCUUUUGUACUACUUGUAAUGGUCCUUCAAAUUAAAAUUGCAUAGUUUGCAAGCCAAACAGGACAAAGAAUAUAUUUACUAAUAACUGUGAUUGCCCAACAGGCACAUAUGAUUCAGGUUUAGCUAUAUGCCCAGCUUGCAGCUUUUAAUGUGCAACAUGCACUAAUGCAACUGCAUGCACAACUUGUAGCGGAGAUAGAACAGGCCCUCCUAGCUGUUCAACAUGUCCUCCUGGAAAGUAUAGUGGAAACUAAAGAAAUUGCUCAAGUUGUGGAUAUAAAUGCAGUACUUGCAGUGGUUCAGCUCUAAAUUGCUUAACUUGUUAAGGCUAAAACAGGCUAUCUAAUCCUCCAAAUUGCGACUGCUAACCAGGAUUUUAUGAUACAGGAAAUACUGAUUGCCAACCAUGUGAUAGUAAUUGUAAAACGUGCAGUGGUUUGUCAACUACGUGUUUGACAUGUAACUCAAACAGAGUCUUAGAUCCUAAUACUAACACUUGCGUGUGUCCUCAAAAUUUUUAUGAGGUUGCCGGUUAAUAGUAAUGCCUUCCAUGCGAUAGCAGAUGCAACUCAUGUAACUCUUCAGGAUGUAUACAAUGUGCACAAAAUAGAGUGAAUCCACCUUCUUGUACAUGCCCUUUUGGAACAUUUGAUAAUUAUCCAACUUAAGUUUAAUGCCCUAGUUGUAACCCUAUCUGCUCUGGAUGUGCUAAUAAUGCUAAUCAAUGUAUAGCUUGUUAAGGUUAGAGGACAAAUCUACCUGCUUGUGAUUAAUGCCCUAGCGGGAUGUAUGCUACGUUGAUAGCCCCUAAUUACUGUGCUAAGUGUGAUUCAAUUUGCUCAUAAUGUGCCAAUACUUCAAGCAAUUGUACAUAGUGUUCAGGAUAUAGAGUUAAAGUUCUUGUACCAGGUACUAGCAAUUAUACAUGCAAGUGCCAAAAUGGAACCUAUGAAGAUUUUACAUAUACAUAAUGCAGAGGUUGCUUUAAUAGUUGUGCCACAUGCCAAGGUGGAAGUAGACUUGAUUGCUUAUCUUGUAAGCCAGGAUUUGCACUUUCAGUGAUUGGUGGUGCUGGAUCAUGUGAUUGCCCAUCUAAUACUUUUAUGACAAAAGAUGGCUAAUCAUGCUAAGCCUGUGAUUCAAAAUGUUUAACCUGCAAGGGUCCUACAAGUAAUGACUGUAUUAUUUGCAAAGUAGCCAGUGAUUGUACUUAUGUACCACCUAUAGACCCAAAACCUCCAGCUGUUGAUCUCUGCAAAGCUAUAGGAAUCUUAACAUUACCUCAGUGUGAUUGUACUGACUAAUAAUAUUAUAGUUAGACACUAUAGAAAUGUGUCCCUUGUGUUAAUAAUUGUAAAUCUAAAACUGAGUUUUUUUUUUAUUUAUUUAAAAAUUAUUUCUAAAAUUAGGUAAGCGCUGUUAUGGAAGCAGUAUUUCUGAAUGCAUUGAAUGCCUAGAUGGGUAUAUAACCUAAGGAAAUUAGUGUGCACCACUAGUAGUAUAUUAAGAUUCCUAAUAUACGCUUAGUUGGCUUAUAGUAACCUUCUUUGGUUUACUAUGUUUAUUAGUAUUCCCACUAUUCUACUCUCAUUUUAUUGAAAAAAUAUAAAAAUAAUUUGAAGAUAGCAAAAAAAAGAGCUAAAUAGAAUAAAAUUUAGAUGAAAAUAACAGAUCAAUUAAUUAAAAUCAUAACUAAAGUAAUUAAAUUAUCAGCUUAUAAAAUUUCUAAUGAGUUUUUUAUUGAGCUUCAUAACUUACUCUCUUAGAAUAAAUAUUAUCAUUUUUAUUUAUAUAAAGUAUUCAUAAUAUAAGUUAAAACCAAAAAAAAAGAAUAAUCAUUCUAUAAUCUUUUAUUUAAUUUAAUUCAAAAUAUAAUAUUUUAUUUUGCUGUAAUUCAGUUAACUCAUACUCUUAAAACAUUUUUUGUAUUAAUUAGGUUUUUGUUGAUAAAUAAUCUCUUCAAAUUUAUAAAUAUCCUUGUUCAUUUAUUUAAUCUUAAAUAUUUAAAUUAUAUUGAUUUCAAUAACAUAAUAGAUAGUAAAUUAAUAAGAAUAUUUAAACAGUAAGAUUUUUUUUAUUAGGCUUUGUUUAAAGUUACUAAGAAAGUUAAUAACUUUAGACAAAAAAUUUUUUAUUAGGCUUUCUAUUAUAUGAAAUUAAUUUUCUCUUAGAAUAAAUAUUAUCAUUUUUAUUUAUAUAAAGUAUUCAUAAUAUAAGUUAAAACCAAAAAAAAGAAUAAUCAUUCUAUAAUCUUUUAUUUAAUUUAAUUCAAAAUAUAAUAUUUUAUUUUGCUGUAAUUCAGUUAACUCAUACUCUUAAAACAUUUUUUGUAUUAAUUAGGUUUUUGUUGA